AUGGGGGGCAAGUCCGAGACCAAGGCCGCUUACUUCGAUAAGCUCAAGAGCCUUCUUGACGAUUACAAGACCGUGUUCAUCGUCGGUGUUGACAAUGUCAGCUCUCAACAGAUGCACGAGAUCCGUAUCUCCCUCCGUGGUGAGGGUGUUGUCCUGAUGGGCAAGAACACCAUGGUUCGCCGUGCCCUCAAGGGUUUCAUCAACGACAACCCCGAGUACGAGCGUCUCCUGCCGCACGUCAAGGGCAACGUCGGUUUCAUCUUCACCAACGGUGACCUCAAGGCUACCAAGGAGAAGAUCCUUGCCAACCGUGUCGCUGCCCCUGCUCGUGCUGGUGCCAUCGCCCCCGAUGAUGUCUGGAUUCCUGCCGGUAACACUGGUAUGGAACCCGGUAAGACCUCUUUCUUCCAGGCUCUCGGUGUUCCCACCAAGAUUGCCCGUGGUACCAUUGAAAUUACCACCGAUCUUAAGCUCGUUGAGGAGGCCACCAAGGUCGGUCCUUCCGAGGCCACCCUGCUCAACAUGCUCAACAUCUCUCCCUUCACCUACGGUAUGACCAUCCAGCAGGUCUACGACAACGGCCAGACCUUCAGCGCUGCCGUUCUCGACAUCGAGGAGGAGCAGCUUCUCGAGGCCUUCAGCGGUGCCAUCAAGACCAUCGCCACCAUCUCGCUGGCUACCAACUACCCCACCAUCCCCUCGGUUAUUCACUCUCUCGUCAACGGCUACAAGAAGGCCUUGGCUGUUGCUGUCGAGACUGAGUACAGCUGGCCCGAGAUUGAGGAGCUCAAGGACCGUAUCGCCAACCCUGACGCUUACGCUUCCUCCGCUCCCGCCGCUGCCGCUGCUGGGGGUGCUGCCCCUGCUGCUGCCGAGGCUGCUCCCGCUGAGGAGGCUGACGAGUCCGACGAGGACAUGGGCUUCGGUCUCUUCGACUAA